AUGACCGAUUUAAAAUUCAUCACUGCAACUUUAGGAGUUUUAUUGGGAUGCUUGAAAGCUGACGCAAAAGGAGCAAUUUAUUUGACAACUAAAAACGGAACAUUUCCCAUAUCACUCACAUCUCUGAAUUCCCAAGAUGACGCGCCGACGCAAGACGCUGCAAGGAUUUUCUCGGCAACCACUAAAAAUGUCACAAGUCUCCAGUGGGAUGACAUCUCCGAUGAUCUAUUGUUCACGAAUUCAAACGAAACACAAGAUUAUGACAACGUUUGGAAAAAUAAUCAGAAAAGAAGCAUCAAUGACGCGGUAUCGAGAAACAUAACGUUGGUUUUAGAGAACUUGCUGAAAAACUAUGAAAAUUCUCAACUACCCACACAUGGAAAAGGUUACCCAACUGUCGUUCAAACAAAUAUUUUAAUCCGAAGUAUGGGACCAGUUUCCGAACUUGAUAUGGAUUACUCAAUGGAUUGUUACUUCAGGCAGUACUGGCGUGACACGCGCCUCUCGUUCCUCGGGCCAAUUCGUUCCUUGUCCCUGUCCAUCAAAAUGCUGGAGAGAAUAUGGCGGCCCGACACGUACUUCUACAACGGAAAGCACUCCUACGUCCACACUAUUACUGUUCCCAAUAAAUUAUUACGUAUCAGUCAACAUGGAGAUAUAUUAUAUUCUAUGAGAUUGACGAUCAAAGCGAAAUGCCCGAUGGAGUUGCGUAAUUUUCCAAUGGACAGGCAGUCUUGUCCCCUUAUCCUCGGAAGUUACGCGUAUUCGAACCAGCAACUAGUGUAUCAGUGGCAGAACUCAGAAAGUGUUAACUUCGUGCCGGGCAUGACGCUCUCUCAGUUCGACCUCAUUAGUUAUCCUUAUCGAAACUUCACCUUUACAAGAAGAGAAGGAGAUUUCUCCGUGCUGCAAGUGUCGUUCAAUUUGCAACGUCACACGGGCUAUUUCCUCAUUCAGGUCUACGUGCCUUGUAUCCUCAUUGUUGUGUUGUCUUGGGUGUCAUUUUGGAUUCAUAGGGAGGCAACAUCAGAUCGCGUUGGUUUGGGAAUAACAACAGUUUUGACUCUAUCAACAAUCAGCUUGGAUUCCCGAACUGAUCUACCCAAAGUUCGUUACGCGACUGCUCUUGAUUGGUUUCUGCUAAUGAGUUUCUUCUAUUGCAUCGCCACUUUGUUGGAAUUUGCUGGUGUGCAUUACUUCACCAAGGUUGGCUCUGGUGAAAUAGUAAUUGAUGAUUCCGAGUGGGAGGAGUUAAUAGAGGAAGUGGGAGGUGAUGCGUUCGCGGCAAGGCAGCUAGCCGCGCGGCGUCGAAGCUCCUCACGAUCUGCUACUAAUUGUAAUUUCUCCUUACCGUCACAAGGCGCGUGCGCUAGUGAAGGCGAGGACCUACCCGCACCGGAGCAGACAUCGGUGCGUCUGACUAUGGAGCGAACUACGCAGACCGAAAGGAGAGUGCCGCGCUGGAGGCAGCUUCUCUACUGCCUCGCGGGGGACGACCGCUACCGGAGGCAGAGGCAGAUUGAGGCCGGCAAGCGCGGUCACAUCAACAGCGUGUCGCACAUCGACAAGGCGGCGCGUGUGCUGUUUCCUGCUUCAUUUGCACUACUCAACUUCUUCUAUUGGAUGAUAUACGCGUUAUCCAGUGACGACUUCGCGUGGAGCGACAACCCUAUCAACACUCUGUCCCAUUAA